AUGGACGGCUCCUCAGCAUCGUCAGGCUCCCCGCCUCCCGAAGGCGCGACCGACAUCCACCAGCCCUUCACUCGCGCCGAGCGAAUGCUGCAGCUCAGCGAGAUCGACCAGGACGUCACCACCCUCCUCGAGCUGACAGGCAAAGCGAUCCAGAGCCUGGGCAAGCAGAAGAGCCCCUCGUCCAAUGGCGACAUGUCGACCGACCAGCAGACCGAGGCGUUCAAGGGCUCCAUGGACGCCUUCUUGUCUACGCUGCACCGCGUCGAUGUCCGACUGAAGCGGCAGAUCAUGGCGCUCGAGGAGGCGGGCAUCAUUAGCCUGGGCGCCGCCAAGGAGACGAAGCAGCCAGGCGUCGGCGCAAUCGAGCCGAAUGGCGUCGGCAACAUUGGAAAUCUGGACGUGGGCUGGCUCAACAGUCGGAGCAACAAGGUUGAGAGGGACAUGGAGGCAGAGCUGUGGACCAAGGCGAGGGAACACCUGGAGGGCCUAGUGGAAAAUGGCGGCAGGGAGAGGGACGUCGAGAUGAAGGAGUGA